AUGCACGGAGAAGAACUGGAUUGGAGCCUAGUGGAUCUUGCCGGCAGCGUUUCGAAGAAGCCGCUUGAGGAUGUGACGGCGAAGUCAAGCAACGGCAGCUUCGCGCCCGGAAAGCUGAGAUGGAACCCUGCCUCGAGCACUUUGUACAAGGUGGGAUCCUCCCUCAACAGCGGUGCCACAGUGCUACCGCCUCAGGUGGGUUGGAUGCCGGUGGAUGGCCUAGAGCCGGCUCCGGCCAUCACCUUCUGCCAGGAGGAAUCCACCAGGCCGGAGAAGAUCAUGGCCGCUACCAUGCCGGGCAAGCUUCUGCGGCGCAUCGCCGAGAGCGCGCCGAGCGUGGAGAAGGUCCAGGCCUCCAUCCAGAAGCACUCGCCUUGGAGGAGCCAGAGCCUCCCACGGAUGCUGCGCUGGGGCACCAUGGAGACGGCCAAAGCCCGGCGCCGCGCAGACUUCCAGCUCGGCGACACGGCCACUUCAAAAAUGAGCUCCAAGCACGCGGAGAAGCCUGGCGAGACGGCGCUGCUGGUCUUCAGCGUCAUCCUCUCCCGCCCCAGCUUCCACUUCGAGUGGGGCGCGGAGUUCGACAAGCAACAGCUCGUCUCCACAGGAGCGGUGAAUGCAAAGGGAGAAAUGGGCAAGUUGAUAGCGCAAUGGACCUUUGAGAAGCCCAUGGUUCUACCAGCCUUCGGGGUGAGCAACGUCGGUUGCGAAGGCCGGCGGAUCAUUCUGGGCAUCGAGCCCCACUCGCCCUUGGAUCGAUGGAACACCUGGCAGACGGCAGCUUGGCAGUCCUGA